GAAAAAGACAACUAUGAUUCCUUUACUUUCUCCGUCUAUUUCGUGAGAAAUAGUGUGCAAAGUGCGUAAAAUUAUUUUCUCUCUUUCUUUCUCCCCACACAAGAAGGAAAACACAGAAAGGAAAGAGAAAAAGAAAGAUAAAUAUUGCGCAACAACAAAAUCUCCAUCAAUAUAGAUAUGGAUAUGCUCCUCAAUGUUUUCUUGAAUUUUGUUUGAUCAAAUAAUCAAUCACCCAUUUCAAACUCAAAGACUUGCAAUUUGGACACUGCAAAAAGACAUUGAGGUCUUAGAAAGUAGUUGUUUGUAUGCAAUGGGGGGAAGAUUAUUGUGACAAAUAUGGAUCCUCAGGCCUUCAUUAGGUUAUCAAUAGGCUCUCUUGGGCUACGAUGUGCCGGAAUUGAGGGAAGCACCGGAAGAUCUAGAACUCAAAAGCCACCUUCUCCUUUUGUUUGUGAGAUAAGGCUCCGGGGUUUUCCUGUUCAAACAUCAUCAGUCCCCUUGAUAUCCUCUACCGAAGCUAUACCUGACGUGGAGAAUGUUGCUACUAGCUUUUACCUUGAGGAAUCUGAUCUAAAAGCAUUGUUGGCUCCCGGUUGUUUCUAUAAUACUCAUGCUGGUUUGGAGAUUGUUGUUUUCUCAGGUAGGAAGGGCUCCCAUUGUGGAGUUGGCAUCAAAAGGCAGCAAAUUGGGAUUUUUAAAAUACAGGUAAGCCCUGAGUGGCAAGAAGGAAAGCCACUGACUCUUUUUAGUGGGUGGAUAGGUAUUGGGAAGAGGAAACCGGAGAACGGACGGGCAGUUGCCGAGCUACACUUAAGAGUUAAGCUAGAUCCCGACCCUCGAUAUGUAUUCCAGUUUGAAGAUGUUACCACAUUGAGUCCUCAGAUUGUUCAACUUCAAGGCUCCAUCAAGCAGCCAAUCUUCAGUGUCAAGUUUACUAAGGACAGGGUUUCCCAGAUUGAGCCAUUGAGCAAUUAUUGGUGUGGUUCUACGAUUUCCGACAUGGAGAUGGAGAGGCGAGAGAGAAAAGGGUGGAAGGUGAAGAUACAUGAUCUAUCUGGCUCAGCUGUAGCUGCAGCCUUCAUAACAACUCCCUUUGUUCCAUCUUCAGGUUGUGAUUGGGUUGCAAGGUCCAACCCAGGAGCUUGGCUAAUUCUUCGUCCGGACGCUUGUAGACCAGAGAGCUGGCAGCCGUGGGGAAAGCUUGAAGCUUGGCGCGAACGCGGCCUCCGAGACUCUGUAUGCUUUAGAUUCCAUGUCCUAUCUGAGGCUCGGGAAGGCGGCGAACUUCUCAUGUCAGAAAUAUUUUUAAGUGCUGAAAAGGGUGGCGAGUUUUUCAUAGACACUGAAAGACACAUGCGGACUGCAAACACUGCAGCAAGUCCACUACCUAGUCCACAGAGCAGUGGGGACUUUGGUGCGCUCACUCCGGUAGCCGGAGGCUUUGUCAUGAGCUGUAGAGUUCAAGGGGAAGGGAAACGAAGUAAACCGUUAGUCCAGCUGGCAUUGCGACACGUUACUUGCGUCGAGGAUGCUGCCAUCUUCAUGGCACUUGCGGCAGCUGUUGACCUCAGCAUUGAGGCAUGCCGGCCGUUUCGUAGGAAGAUUAGAAGAGCUUUCCGGCAUUCUUUCUAAAGAGAGAACAAUGCAAAUGUAAAAUAGUAACUGUCAAUAGUUGGAAAGAAAAAAGUGCACAGCAUAAGUUGUUAAGAGAAUUCAACUCUCAAUAUUGUAAGAAGUAAGAACUAUAUAAAAGAAGAAAGCCUUUUAAUUUAACAAGUGUUC